CGUCAUUUCUGGCUUCCUGUAGAGAGUUGUGGAAUGCCACCGGGUUUUUGGCAGCGGGAACGCCGGAGGUCAGUCAGUGUGCUUUGGAGUAGGCAUGAGAAGGAGGGAGGUACACGAGCAGUCGUACACUAACUUCUUCAACGUGAAAGAUCCUCGAAAGACGCUUCAGCAAUGGCAGAGGCUCACCAGGCAGUGGCCUUCCAGUUCACUAUAACACCAGAGGGCAUCGACCUGCAGCUGUCCUAUCAGGCCCUGAACCAGAUCUACCUGUCCGGAGUACGGUCUUGGAAGAAACGAUUCAGCCGCUUGAGGAACAGGGUGAUUAAGGGAGUGUACCCCGCCAGCCCUUCCUCCUGGCUCUUUGUCGUCACAGCGAUCCUGGUCACCAUAUACACGCACUCGGAUCCCAGCAUGGGGCUCAUCGCUAAGAUACAGCAGCACCUGCCGCUAAGUCUGCAUGUCUCUCUUGGCACCCAGGGUCAGACCGUGGUGUCAGCGAUGGUCUUCAGCACUCUGCUGUGGCUCUCGCUCAUCCUCGCCCUCAGGUUCUGCCUCAAGCUGCUGCUUUCCUACCACCGAUGGAUGUUUGAGCAACACGGCCGGAUUUCCAACACCACUAAAGUGUGGGCGACUCUGGUGAAGUUACUGUCAACCAGGAAGCCUCUGUUGUACAGUUACCAGACCUCUCUGCCUCACCUUCCUGUUCCUCCCAUCAGAGACACACUGAGCAGGUACCUGGAGUCAGUACGCCCUCUGCUGACUGAUCCUGAGUUUAAACGGACAACUGAACUGACCAGUCAGUUUGAGUCUAACCUGGGAAACCGGCUCCAACGCUACUUGAAACUCAAAGCACUGUGGGCCACCAACUACGUAAGCGACUGGUGGGAGGAAUACAUUUACCUGAGGGGUCGAAGUCCCAUCAUGGUGAACAGUAACUACUAUGGCAUGGACUUUUUAUAUGUGACCCCAACGCCAGUGCAGGCAGCCAGGGCAGGCAACACCAUUACCGCCCUGCUGCUCUACCGCCGCAAGGUCUACCGGGAGGAACUGAAACCGGGUUGUGUUCCUGGCACUGUCAUCCCUCUGUGUGCUGCUCAGUGUGAGAGGAUAUUCAACACAACACGCAUUCCAGGAACCGAGACCGAUGUGCUGCAGCACUGGGAUGACAGUGAGUUUGUGGCAGUAUACCACAAGGGGCGUUAUUUCCGCCUGUGGGUGUACUGGGCAGGCCGACGACUGUCUCCCAGGGAGAUUGAGUAUCAGAUCCAGAGGAUCCUGGAUGACCCCUCGCCACCACAGCCUGGAGAGGACAAACUGGGAGCUCUCACUGCUGGAGACAGGAUUCCUUGGUCUCAGGUCAGGAAGCAAUACUUUAACUAUGGUGUCAACAAGAAAUCACUGGAUGCCAUUGAGAGGGCGGCCUUUUUUGUAUCCUUGGAUGAUGAAGAGCAAGGCAUGAUGGGAGAGUACCCAGCAAGAAACUUGGACCGCUACGCCAAGUCUCUGCUCCAUGGGAAAUGUUACGACAGGUGGUUUGAUAAAUCCUUCUCCAUUGUGAUCUACAAGAAUGGGAAGAAUGGACUUAAUGCCGAGCAUUCCUGGGCUGAUGCACCAACUGUGGCUCACCUUUGGGAGUACACCUUGGCCACAGAUGCCUUCCAGUUGGGCUAUACUGAGGAGGGGCACUGUAAAGGGGAGGUGGAUUGCUCACUACCUCUCCCUCAGAGGCUCAUCUGGGAUAUCCCACCAGAGGUGCAGGCUCAGGUAGCCAGCUCCCUGGCUGUUGCCCAGGCGCUGGCAGAUGACGUGGAUUGCCAUGUGUUUCCUUUCAGAGAGUUUGGAAAAGGACGGAUCAAGAAGCUUCGCAUCAGCCCUGAUGCAUUCAUACAGAUCAGCUUACAGCUGGCAUACUACCGGGAUCGAGGUGGUUUCUGUCUGACCUACGAGGCGUCAAUGACCCGUCUGUUCAGGGAGGGCCGAACAGAGACUGUGCGAUCCUGCACCAACGAAAGCUGUGCCUUUGUCAAAGCUCUAGAAAGUGGAGAGCCAGAGGAACAAUGCAGGCAUCUUUUCCGACUGGCUUCAGUGAAGCACCAGAACCUUUAUCGAAUGGCUAUGACUGGAGCUGGAAUAGAUAGACACCUAUUCUGUCUGUACGUGGUCUCCAAAUACCUGGGGGUGGAGUCAUCCUUCCUUAAAGAGGUUUUGUCUGAGCCCUGGCGUCUCUCUACCAGUCAGACUCCAGUUCAGCAGAUGGAACUCUUUGACUUGAAGAAUCACCCUGACUUUAUAUCGCUGGGCGGAGGGUUCGGACCUGUUGCUGAUGAUGGUUAUGGAGUUUCUUACAUCAUUGUGGGCGAGGAUAUGAUUAACUUCCAUGUGUCAUCCAAAUACUCCUGCAGUGAGACUGACUCUCACAGGUUUGGGACCCAGAUAAAUAAAGCUCUCGAGGACAUUAUGACCAUCCUCUCUGCUGACACCAAAAGCACCUCAUCCUCCAAAGGCACAGCCCAGCCUCAGUCCAAGAAGCUGUUGUGAAUAGUUGAGAAUCGGAUAUCUACACUGAGUCUAGAAACCAUAACGAACUCAUUAUCUAGAAAUAUUAUUAUUGGCAAUUAAACUAUUUGGCAAAAACUUAACAAAUGUUUGCCUUAAAAUUCAGGCCAACUGGGUUUCGGGAAUGAAUAUCAACAUGUUUAGUUUGGAGUUACUAGAGUCAUGUACAAGUGAUGUUUAAGACAAAAGGAAAGCUGAAUCUCUAGUAGAGACAAACAGUGUAAUAAUGCUGGAUAGUUUCAGCGUAACAGUGCACACUAAACAGUGUUGAAACGCAGCCUUCUGGUCAUUUUUAUUAGAAGUUGCAGCUAAAUUCCCACACUGCUCAUUAGUACUCCAUUUAUUUGCUAACUUUUGUUACUAGUUGCUUUUGUUUGAUGAAUCUCAUUCUGAAAAUACAGUAUAAUCAUAAGACUUUAUUGAAAAUUCACAAGCUACCCAGCAGUAUAUAAAGUGCUUCAAAUAUAGGCAUAUAAGGUGGUUGAGUCUUUACCAGCUCCAACAUUAAAUGUAAUGUAUGCAAUAACGCAUCAGUACUUUUAUUAACACUUUUAUUCUCAACAUUUUGAAUGCAGGACUUGUAACAGAAUUUCUACACUGUGGUAUUGCUAAACUGAGUACUUCUUUCACUGCCAUCCCCUGGGGACAUGAAUGCUUUUUAAAUUCUAUCCUGCUGCUCACUUAUACACAUUUGUUCGAUGCUGUCUCCUGUUAUUCAUUAUCCAAUCCCUCAGAGUCUUGUUGUUCAACAUCUGUUUCUACUGAUUUCAGGACUGAGGAUAAAAAGUCCUUGCUCACAUGCUCUUUUAGCAUAUUUAGUUUUGGUUGUACUCACGCACAAAUCCUGUGUCCUUUGUGUCACCUUAUACUUUACAAAGCAUACGCUAACAUUGGCCGACAGCUGGUAGACAGCUGUUGACAUCACAGGGUUGACAUCACAGCGGAUAUUUCAGCCUCUGUAUGUUGAGUCACAUGUAUUGUGCUGAUGAAGCCCAGUGAGAAUUCAGAAAAAAAAACAGAAGCAAGCACAGCAGUGUAAUGAAAAGAAACUGAAAGACAAAAUGGGACAUUUCUGUCCUGUGAGAUAAAGUGGGUUCAGACUAGGUGUCUUUAGCAGGUACUGACUUAACUAAGUCCUGGCUGCUUUGUUCGCCUAUCUGUUUGAGUGAUCUAGUGUGCGCAUUUUGGCUGGGGGUUUGUGUAAUUUUUACUUAAGUGGAUCAGAGCUGGAUUUUGGAAAGUUCAAAACCAAGAAACUGGACUGUGUUCACUUUGAUAUGGGAACAGAUAAGGAAAUCAAAUCCAGGCUUUGAUCUGGUUCAAACCCUCAGAACAGGUGGUUCAAAACAAAUCCAUAGGAUUGGGAUCAGUUUGGUUCAAUAAGCCUGGAUAACCUUGAUCGCACCAGAGGGCUGGAUUUCUAGUGGAUAACCAGAGCAAAAUGUACUACACAAUUAAUUUAAAAACAUGUUUCACUGUAAAUAAGAUGGUAAUGUUUGUAAAUUGAAGUAAUACAUCAUCUAUAUGUUUGAUGCAUUCUCAUUUUUGUAACAUUUGCCAUGGCCUCUUGCAUACUGUACCUCUCAGAACAGUGUAUUCAUCCAAAUCGGGAGUCUGUGACAAUAAAAUUUUCUUCAGAAAAGUUAUGCCAAUCACAAUAUUGAUUAAACAAAAAAAAAAAAUCUUCAACAAUAAAG